AUGGCAUUAGGAGACCGUGUUUGUUUACUUCACUUUCGAUCGUGCGAUCGACCGGCUCGCGAAGUCCCAGGCGAUCUUUAUUCAUACUCGGUCACGAAUUCCAAAGUAACCGAUGGGAAAAGGUCGUGGUGGAAGUUGCAUAAGCUAGACGAUAAAACUGAUAUUCAGGAUGUCGUUACUGUCAUACCUACCGACUCCAAGUUGGAAGACGUCUUUUGGGCGGCGAACAGCGGGUUCCGAAAUCAGAUGGUGUAUUACGUGCGUCAGAACCAGACAAACGGCGAGUUGGAGGAGUUGAAUUGGACUGAAAUGAAGGAAAAGCUCAAGGGGGUUGAGUGGUCCUCGACGGAUGAUAUCCACGCAGAACUGAAGCUCUACCCAGCAGGCAAUGAAAGCACCGUCCGGCCAGGGAAGAAGGCUCUUGGAUCUCUGGGCCAGAAAAUGGAUCAUCGGCGAAACAAGUCUACUCCGUUGACAGGUGCCUCACGUUCAGGUAUCAAGAAGCAUCCUUCAAGGUCCAGGGCUGGAUCGAAUGCCUCAGCGUCAACUCAUGUGUCGAGGCCAGGUCCUUCUCGUCUGCUCAAUAGCGUCGAGGGGACCGCUACUGUUAAUGACAUCAUCGCUACGCUACGAGAUGAGGUUCAAACUACUGGCUCCACCGGCGGCCAGAGGAGCGGCGAACAGAGUACCCUUGCUCUUCCAACGAUCACAGUGACGAGUCAAGAGGAACUUGACGCUAGACUCAGCGAGAUGUUUCUCAUGAACGGCUGUACAUGGAAUCCCGUAACGGGAAACGUAUCCACUACGGGUGACUUGCAGCCAGAUGUGGCGCAAGGCUUUCAGACCGUAGUCAGCAGCUAUCGUUAA